AGACAGGGCUGGGAUUUAUAGGAUCUGAAAGCAGUCAGGAUCCCAAAUAGGAAUCCCACCCAGCAGCCCCAAGGAAUCCCACAGCUCAGAGCCCUCCUGGAGUUAAACAGGAGCAAACUGGGGGUGGGUGAGCACCCAGACACUGCUGGGGUCUGGGGGAGAGGAGCAUGUGAAAGGAUGGAUAGAUGUGAGAGGUUCUGCUGGUCCAGCUGUCCCACUCCCCUGCACAGGGCCAGAACCACUAAUUUUGUUCUGGAAAAGCCCCGUUUGAGGGUUUUUAGAGAUGCUGGACCUCUCUCAGGUCCUGCUUUUGAGACCAGCUGCUGCUCUGACCAUGCAGCCUGUAGGAUGUGGCAUGGGGGAGCUGCAUGAGACCAAGGGUACAGGCACCUGCCUGCUCACCCUCCUCCUGGGACACAGCACAACACUACCAGAAGAGGAGCAUGUGCCGGUCCCCAAAAGAUGGGCCAACAAGUCCCCACUGGCCCUGCACAGGGAGGACACCCCCACAGGUAUUGUCAGGAAAGUGUACUGGUGUGGCAGCAGCCUGCUGGGAUCCAGCAGUGGGAAGGGGGACAGGGUAGUGGGGGACUGUGAGUUUCCCAGUGCCCCAUUGCCUGUCCCAGGGGUCACAGGGUGCUGCCAGGCCGGCAGGGCUGGGCCCACCAGGAAAUCCCCCUUGGCCUGGGGCUGUGUUUCCCUCCCUUUGUGGGCUCUGGCCAGGCACGAGGGGACCAAGUUCAUCCCAAACCACAAUUGCCAUCUGUUCCGGCAGCUCCGGCCGCGGCGGAUGUGCUGGAAAUAACCCUGGUGGGGCUGUGGCCUCCCCUCGCUGGGGCUGCAGCACCCUAUAAAUCCACUCGGGGAGCCGGGGGUGCAGCCAGCCCAGUGCAGGGAGGCACCAUGAAGCCCCUCGUGCUGCUGACCCUGCUGGCCCUGCUCACCCUCGGUGUCUGCCGCAGAGCUGCCGAUCGCUCCACCAGCGCCGACGACUCCCCCAGCUCUGAAGCUUUCAUCUCCAGGCGUGUCAGUGCCCAGGUGGUCCAGAGGCAGAAGCGGAAUUACGGCUAUGGCAGCAGCGUCUAUGCAGCCCCGCCGGACCCGCUGGAGGCGAAGCGUGAGGUGUGCGAGCUCAACCCCGACUGUGACGAGCUGGCCGACCAGGUCGGUUUGCAGGAGGCGUAUCGGCACUACUACGGCUUCGUGUAGCCCCCGCCGCCCUCUGGCCGAGCUGUGGGGCAGGGGCUGAGCUCUGAGCACCCCUCACCCCCUUCUUUACACCCUCUCUGUUAGCCCUGGAAAGAAAUAAAUGCAUAUUGUGGA